AUGGUUUCCCGCACCAUUCCCCGCCUUGCCGGUCUCGUUGCCCGUGAGAACCGUGUCCCUUACUACCAGCGCCUCUUCCAGUCGCACGAUGGCAAGCGUCAAUGGUGGAAGACUCGCCGCUCCGGUGCUAUCCUCUACCCCUACUACAUCUCUCUCUAUGGCUCCGCCUUGAUCACUACCUACGCCAUGAUCCGUAUGGUUUUUGGCAAAAAGACUUUCUUCGGCAAGGACUAA